GAGGGAGUCUAGGGUUUCGUCGCGGAAAAAAGAGGGUUACACAAACUAUCCAACUCCAAGGUGAGGUGCGCGCCAUCGUGAGAAUGGGAGAGACUGAGAUGGAUUCGAUGCAGAUGGAUGCGGGGUCGACAAGCAAGGAUAGGGCGGUCGGGAAGAGGAAGAAAAGGGUACCUAGGAUUGGAAAGAAGGCAGAGGAACCGAGCGUGAGGAAGACGGUCAAGGAAACGCGUCGCCGGCCGCCGCCAGUAUACAAGGUCACAUUGCCUGUCUUUGAACGACAUCGCUUCGAGUUCAACAAAUGGUGGAUGCAAUUAUGGGGCGAUCUGAUCGGUUCCAUGGAGAAUAAAACAACUAUCCCCAGCGCGCGGUUCACGGAUGUUGCUUCCGGCAUGUCCUCCGGCUGCCCCGUCACCACUCUGCAGCCCUUUGAAGUCAAAAUCUCACCCAAAGAGAACUCAGGUUUAACCUGGCCGCUGCAUGUGUAUGGUUAUGUCGCCGCACGUGAUUUGGUGGAUUACAAGCGCAAUAUCAUCUUUGAGCGUGGAAGGGAUAACUGCCAGAUCAUCACUGACGGGUUUCCAUACCUAGCACUGACUGGUCCUGCACGUGCUGUUGUGCUGGAUGAUCCUGUGUACUUUGAGAUUGACCUCAAAGUGAAAGGAAUCGGGCAAUCUGAGGAUCAAGAUCUAAUCUUUGUUGCUGAUUCGUUCAGUAAUCCUCAGCCGCUUGAGUCAGCCCUGUUUAACCGUGCCUUCACGGGCAAGAUCAGCACGGUUGAGUUGACAUUUGGCCAAAUUAUUAAGUCAGUAGAGGCCGCAGUCAGUAUGAAAGUCGUCCAUGGGUCAUGGCCAGAUGGUUUCCGUGGUUGUUUUGCUGCAAAAACUGCCAGUAUAAAUGACUUCACAAUUGGGUUGCUUGUGAUCGGUGAUAAUGGGUUGCCUCGUGCUGACGAUGGCACUAUUAAGCUACAACGCCAUGUUGUUUGUGCUGAAAUUGGACAGGGAGACUACCUGGAAGUUUUUGUCCGUGCUUAUGGUGUUGGUGGGCAACAAUUAUAUGACACUAUAUAUUUUACACCUCAGGAACGUGGUAGACUCAAAGGUGCACUUAAUGUUGAUACAUGUGAGAUUGAGGUCACUAUAUCCUGGUCCCUUAUCAUGUCAUUCUAGGAGGAAUCUGACUUAACUGUUGUCUGGGCGAGUUGAUCCUCCUGUAAAUACAUAUUGGUUGCAUGUAUGAACAAAGUUCAGUAUUUUGUGACAAACCAAUUGGUUUUAAUGGUUAUUGCUACAACCAAUUUGCUGGUUCAGCUUCCGCUGCACUACGAGCAGGCGGAGCUGCUGUGCCCUUA